CUGCACCUAUUGUGGAGCAGAAAUAGUUUGCAUAAGACUAUUCAGUUCAGACCUAUAGGUCCAGCUCCCUGGGCCAUGAGACACUGUCAUAUAAAAAACUUGUAGGAGAGAACAGCAAUACAGAUGGAAAAAGACGUACCAGUCUGUUGGGAUUCUAGGGGAGACCUGCAGACUGGUUCUGUUACUAUUGACUGAGAAGUACCUUGUUUUGUUUUUAACGGUCUGUGCUCUCAUUUGCAGCAAGUGUUCUAGAAAAGUAUAUUCUAAAUCAUUUCCCUCUCUCCCUUUUCCGGAAGUACUCAAAUACUAAAUACAGACACACAAAAGAGGAAACAGUUGGACAGAAGCUCAGAAAUCAUGUGACCAAUGACUAAGUUAAAUCUUUUCUGCUUACUGAAAGGAAAGAGUCUGAUGAUUACUUACUGAUUCUCCUUGCGUUUUUAAAGUUUCGGGGAUAUUGAAUCAUGUUUCCAUUUAUACUUUUUUCUACUCUGUUUUCUUCCACCUUCACUGAACCUGGGGAGCUACAGUGGAUCUGCAACUCUUCUGAUUCCAGUGUUUGGUAUUCCCACUGUGAUAACAUGAAAGUCCCUAUCUCAAUAGCUAUUCAACCCUGUAUGUCAAUGAAGGGAAGCCGGGGAUACUUGCAUCUUUCCUUCAUUCCAAUGCGCAAAGAAGUUAUUUGCCGGGGAUCUGAUGAUGUUUAUUCUUUUUGCAGAGCUCUGAAGGGAGGCUUUGCAAUGACCAGGUGCCAAAGAACUGAAGUCUCUGAAUUACCUCAAGGAAUAUACAUUUGUUCCACUCAGACUACUUUUUGGCCUUACAUGGGUAUAGGCAACUUCCAGGCAAGGCUGUAACCUCUGUAGUCCUCAGCCAAUGAGGAAUCAGGGGAGGGACUUGCAUGCUAGGAGAUAAAUUGUCUGUUGUAACUGCCCCAAGUGUGCCUGUCCAUCAGAUACCUGCUCUUUCAAGAAUGUUGAUUAAAGCCUCGCUUCAUUGUGCUCCAAGUCUCCGUGUCCCUCCUUUGAUUGGGGCAGUGGGAUUAUUUCUCACAUCCAGAAGCAAAUAGAUGGUUUUUUGUGAAAGUAGACAUAAUCUAUUCAUUUGCUAUUAAGGAUUUUCUUUGGCUAGUUAGGAGAACAAGAAUGGUUAUAGUUUGCAUUUGACUAUUUAUAUUACUUUAAAAGAUAUUUUUGGCCACUAUUGCUUUUGUUAGAGAUUCAAAACAUUUCUACUUUUCUAUCCUUACCCUGUAAAUUCACUCCUUUGGUGUUUCUGAGUGGGAGAGUAGAGUAUGUUUUUUCCUGCACUUCUGACUCUGUCCACAACUUCUGCAGGGCCAGGUCCAUGGCUGUGCAUUUCAGCAGUGACUACUUAGGCUUCUCAGUGGUGGGAUUGGAAGGAGAUUUGGUUUCCUGGCUGCCUCCCAACUCUCUCCUCCACCUUUAUAAAGAUCUAUUUUACUCUGUUGAAGGAGUAGCAGUAUUAAAUAUGCACACAUGUAAUUUGGGAUGAAGCAUAUUAGCACUGGCUUAUUCAUUCAUUCACUAUUGAGACAAGUAGGCCUUAAAAUUUUGUAUCCCCUAAGGGAUGAAAUAUAGGCUGAUACUGAGAGAUGCUUGGGGUGGCGAGGAAGCCAUAGGAGACCCAUAGCCGGGGUAGGAAGUUUGUUACUUCUCUACAAUUCGCUUGGGACUGCUGCUGCCAGUAGCAGCAUAAAAGGUACACUCCAUACUAUAUUAAAACAAAAUCACCCGAUGACGACCAAUAUAAUUUUUUGUAUUCUGUAUUUUGU